AUGUCAGAUUGGGAUUCAGUUACUGUUAUUGGUCAAAAGGCUAGAAUUGGUGGUGGUGGACCAAGAGAAAACGUCGCCAAGACUCAAGCUCAAUUAAAUGCCGCCAGAAGAGCAGGUACCGUUGUUGGUACUGAAAAGAAAUACGGUACUUCCAAUACUAAAUCAAAUCCAGAAGGUCAAAGAUUAACUAAAUUAGAUGCUACUGAUGAUGUUGUUGCCGUCAAGAAGGUUGAUGUUAGUGUUGGUAAAGCCAUUCAACAAGCUAGACAAGAAAAGAAAAUGACUCAAAAGGAUUUAGCUACUAAAUGUAAUGAAAAACCAAAUGUUAUUAAUGAUUAUGAAGCUGGUAGAGCUGUACCAAAUCAACAACUUUUGGGUAAGAUGGAAAGAGCUUUAGGUGUUAAAUUGAGAGGAAAGAAUAUUGGUGAACCAUUAUUUGCAAAGAAGAAGUAA